AUGAAUCAAUCGGGACAGCCUUAUGAGAGAUUAGGUAAUCCUUCUGAGCCUGAUAGAGAUGAGGAGCCUGCCAUUACUCCAUACACUGAAACCUUAGCGAACAUUUUGGAAAAACAUGGAUACAGCUAUGUUAGAACACUUGGAUCUGGACGAACAGGAAGAACACACUUAGUUCGAUGUGAAGAAAAUGACCAAUGGGUAAUCAAGGAAAUUGAGAGAAGUGAUGAUGAGCAUAUAAGAGCAAUUCAGGCAGAGGAGGACGCUUUGAGGGCAGUGGGGCAUCCGUACAUUGUUCUUCUCAAGGAGUCAUUUGAGGAAAAUGAUAAAACAUACAUUGUAACUGAGUACUGUGAAGGAGGAGAUCUAGCAAAGAAGAUUAAAGAACAAAAUGGUCACCCCUUUCCAGAGGACAAGAUUCUUUACUGGUUUGUGCAGAUCUGCUUGGCCCUUAAGUACAUCCAUGAGAGAAACAUUCUUCACAGAGACAUCAAGCCUCAUAACAUCUUUUUGACUGGAGAAGGGUACAUCUGUCUAGGAGACUUCGGAAAUUCAAGAUCCAGUGCCACAAAACGUCUUAUCAAAUUUGCUGCAAGCUUAGAGGGCUUCCCCCCAUCUGUCUCUGAUCAUUACUCUAGUGAUCUGGAAUCACUUAUCAGAGAGCUACUGAGUGUGAAUCCUGAAGACAGACCUUCAGUGGAUGAAAUACUGGCAAAACCGUUCCUGUCAAAUAUAGUUUGGAAAAACCAAAGGGUUCCUGAGGAAGUAGAAAGCAAGCUCCGUGAAAGUGCUGAGAGUUUAAUCCCACUCUAUAAUAAACAUUUUAAGAAACUUGAGUCACUCGUGAGAAAGUGGAAGGAGCUAACUAACAAUCUGGAAGCCUUUCAUCGGGGUGCUACUAUUGGCAGUCUUUCAGGAGGAGUAAGUGGUGCAGUAGGAAGUAUCAUGACUAUUGUGGGUGCUGCCUUAGCCCCCGUCACGCUUGGUGCCUCUCUGAUUGUGACAGGAGUGGGCAUUGGACUGGUGGCAGUUGGUGGAGUGACUGGUGCUGCCUCAAGUAUUACAAAUAUGGCCAAACAGAAGACACUGCGGUCUGAUAUAGAGAAAAUACAGAAUGAAAUUAAAGAAAAGAGUGAGCCCAUUGUCAAAUGUCUGGGAGAGUUAAAGAAGUACCUCAAAAAAGUUCGGAGGUUUGGAACUUUUGCACAGACACAAGCUCAAGAAACUCCCAUAUUUGACAAUGUUCUUGUUGGAGCCAGAGCAGGGAGAAAUGCAGUUUGGGUGGGACAUAUGGCUGAACUAGCAAGCAUUGCCAGUGUUGCUGGCCAGGCUGUGAGGGCAGUUCGUGUAGCAACAUUAGUCACAGGAGCAAUCUUUCUCCUGCUCGAUGUCAUUUUCAUUGUUAAAGAUGCCAGGGAAAUCCAUGAAAUGAAUAACAAGAAAGAUGCCAAAGAUGAUGAGAUAAAAUCAAACAUACUGAAGACCAUUAAUAAGAUGAGGAAGGCACAAGAAGAGUAUGACACCUUCUUAAAACGGUUCAAAGAGGCAAAGGAGGACCUGGAAAAAUAUCUACUGUGUAAAUAA